UCGGUCGACGGUUCGCAGGGGAGGAGGCGGCGGGAGGCGGAGGAGGCGGCGGCGAUGGAGGUGAAGCGGCUGAAAGUGACCGAGCUGCGGUCGGAGCUGCAGCGGCGGGGCCUGGACUCGCGCGGCCUAAAGGUGGAUCUGGCGCAGCGGCUGCAGGAGGCGCUGGACGCCGAGAUGCUCGAGGACGAGGCCGGCGGUGGCGGGGCCGGGCCCGGCGGGGCCUGCAAGGCGGAGCCUCGGCCUGUGGCCGCGUCGGGCGGUGGCCCGGGCGGGGACGAGGAGGACGACGAAGAAGAGGAGGAGGAGGACGAGGAGGCGCUGCUGGAGGACGAGGACGAAGAGCCACCCCCUGCCCAGGCCUCGGGCCAGGCCGCGCAGCCGCCGCCGGAGCCCCCGGAGGCGGCAGCCAUGGAGGCCGCGGCCGAGCCUGAUGCUUCCGAGAAGCCGGCGGAGGAGGCCACGGCCGGGUCAGGUGGGGUAAAUGGUGGCGAAGAGCAGGGCACCGGCAAGGGGGAGGAAGACGAGCCGGAGGAGCGGAGCGGGGACGAGACGCCGGGAUCCGAGGCGCCGGGUGACAAGGCCGCAGAGGAACAGGGAGAUGACCAAGAUAGUGAAAAGUCAAAACCAGCAGGCUCAGAUGGUGAGCGGCGGGGGGUAAAGAGACAGCGGGAUGAGAAGGAUGAACAUGGCCGAGCUUACUAUGAAUUCCGAGAGGAGGCUUACCACAGCCGCUCAAAGUCUCCACCACCCCCUGAAGAAGAGGCAAAAGAUGAGGAGGAGGAUCAGACUCUCGUGAACCUGGACACAUAUACCUCGGAUCUCCAUUUUCAAGUGAGCAAAGACCGCUAUGGAGGGCAGCCACUUUUCUCAGAGAAGUUCCCCACCCUUUGGUCUGGGGCAAGGAGUACUUACGGCGUGACAAAGGGGAAAGUCUGUUUUGAGGCCAAGGUAACCCAGAAUCUCCCAAUGAAAGAAGGCUGCACAGAGGUUUCUCUCCUUCGAGUUGGAUGGUCUGUUGAUUUUUCCCAUCCACAGCUUGGUGAGGAUGAAUUCUCUUAUGGUUUCGAUGGACGAGGACUCAAGGCAGAGAAUGGGCAGUUUGAAGAAUUUGGCCAGACUUUUGGGGAGAAUGAUGUCAUUGGCUGCUUUGCUAAUUUUGAGACUGAAGAAGUAGAACUUUCCUUUUCCAAGAACGGUGAAGACCUCGGUGUGGCGUUCCGGAUCAACAAGGAAUCCCUGGCAGAACGGGCCCUCCUACCCCAUGUCCUCUGCAAAAAUUGUGUUGUAGAAUUAAACUUUGGUCAGAAGGAGGAGCCCUUCUUCCCACCACCAGAAGAGUUUGUGUUCAUUCAUGCUGUGCCUGUUGAGGAGCGUGUGCGCACUGCAGUCCCUCCCAAGACCAGAGAGGAGUGUGAGGUGAUUCUGAUGGUAGGACUGCCUGGAUCUGGAAAGACCCAGUGGGCACUGAAAUACGCAAAAGAAAACCCUGAGAAAAGAUACAAUGUCCUGGGAGCUGAGACUGUGCUCAAUCAAAUGAGGAUGAAGGGGCUUGAGGAGCCAGAGAUGGAUCCCAAAAGCAGAGACCUUUUAGUUCAGCAAGCCUCCCAGUGCCUUAGUAAGCUGGUCCAGAUUGCUUCCCGGACAAAGAGGAAUUUUAUUCUUGAUCAGUGUAAUGUGUACAACUCUGGCCAACGGCGGAAGCUGUUGCUGUUCAAGACUUUCUCUCGGAAAGUGGUGGUGGUUGUUCCUAAUGAGGAAGAUUGGAAGAAGAGGCUGGAGUUGAGGAAGGAAGUGGAGGGAGAUGAUGUGCCUGAGUCUAUAAUGCUGGAGAUGAAAGCCAACUUCUCUCUGCCUGAAAAAUGCGACUACAUGGAUGAGGUGACAUACGGGGAGCUGGAGAAGGAGGAAGCUCAGCCCAUUGUCACUAAGUACAAGGAGGAGGCAAGGAAGCUGCUGCCCCCUUCCGAGAAGCGGACAAACCGCCGAAACAAUCGAAACAAGCGCAACCGGCAGAACCGAAGCCGAGGCCAAGGCUACGAUGUGGAGCCAGGACCCCACGCCAGCUGUCUGAGCGCGCUCUCCGUUUCUCUUCCAGUGGGCGGGCAGCGCCGAGGCUACGACAACCGGGCCUACGGGCAGCAGUACUGGGGGCAGUCUGGAAACAGAGGGGGUUACCGUAAUUUCUACGAUCGAUACAGGGGAGACUAUGAUCGAUUCUACGGGCGAGAUUAUGAGUACAACAGAUACAGAGACUAUUACAGACAGUACAAUCGGGAUUGGCAGAAUUACUACUACCACCACCCCCAGGACAGAGACCGAUACUACAGGAACUACUACGGUUACCAAGGGUAUCGGUGAAGCCCCUGUUGUUCUCGCCUGUCAGCCAUGAAGCUGAAUCUCUAGGGGUGCCAGGCACCCCCCAAAACACAACCAAGGAAAACAGGGGCUGUUCGGGUGGGGCUGAGCUGCCGGGGAGGGGCGGUGGGGGGGGGAGGGUGCGCAAGCAGGGGCAGGGGAGGGGGGAGGCGGAAACAACAAAACUGUACAUUUUUUUUAAAAGUUUGUUGAAAAGAAUAUUGUCUUAUUCUAUAAAACAUUUCAAACCUAGUUAGAUAUUUGUAAUCAAAAAACAUUUGCGCAGAAAGUGGCACUUAGGGCUGCCUGUCCUAUAUCCUGCAGUUGGACAGGAAAAGAACUGAAAAUGUCACCCUCCUGACAUUCUGAGGCAGCUGGCCUGGCAGCCAAGGAAGGGAGAGUGAUGAGGUGGCGCGGAGAGGGCGGGCACGCACGUGAGGGCACUCUCUCCAGAGCAGGCAGGCGCGGGGACAGACGGACCGCUUGUGACUGGGGCAGUGAAAAUAAACGAUUGGCUCUUAUCAAUCACUUGCACCAACUAACCGUUUGUAUUUUCUUUACCGACCUUUCCCUCUCGGGAUAUCUGGUCUGGUGGGCUGGGAGGCCAAAGUGUCCCUGUCUCCACUUCCCCAUGCCUCGUGCUGUUUGGCUGAGGCGCGGAGGCUACCAGUUGGGUGGUUCUGUUAGAUGGCGUUCCCAGGCCAAGGCAGCACGGGGACUGUUCGUGACCGCAGAGCAGAAUAGCUUCCUCCCUCUGUGCGCCCCGUAAUGAAUUUCCUACAGAACCUCGAGGGAGAAGGGCAUUGCCGCCUUCAGCCUGAAGACUGUGAUUUUACCAGUCUCUACUCUCUGUCUUCCAAGCUCGAGACAGGCGGGAAGUCUCUGAAAUCAUCUCUGUUAGAGUAUCUGUCCUCUUCUAGUGCGAGAGAAGGAACGGUUCUCAGGGUUUCAGCUCACACAGAAACGAAGCAGGAUUCUUUUUGCUGCAGCAGGAUAUGUAUAUAGGUGAAUCCUGUGGUGUGGGCUCCGGGGCCCAGGUGCUGAGAAUAGCAACUAUUUUAUACAAUGUGGAGGGCACAAGCCCUGCUGGUUUUUUUGAUACACAGGUAGAGAGUGGAUAGGAGGGGGGUGGGGGGUGGGAGGCAGCUCAGUGGGGCUGCCGAAACAGGGGAAGAGCGAGAAUGGGAGCGUGUGUACCGUGUGCAUGAGAAGGGGGCACCCCCUCCCGACUUCUUGAAACCGGAUUCCUCCAGGGGUGCUGUCCCUGCGUGUCCCCAGAGAGGCCUCUAGCCAAGAGACUUCAGUUGGGAUAGUUUUUGUUUGUGACUUUACCAACACCCUCCCAGUUCUUGACAAACAGCUUUCGGUGGCUGGGCUCAGGAAUCCGGGGGGGGGGGGAUAUGGGAAUGCUCUGUCAGUACUCCGCGCUUCACUUGUAAGUCAUCCUCCCGCUCGGCGUUGUGUCAGCCAAGAGCUUACUCCGCAAACACCACGUACAGCCCGGCUUGGGCUGCCCGCCGAGGCUUCACUUCCGUUUCCUCACCUGGGCAGUUCUCGGGUUAAAAUUUUGUGCUGAGAUUUGACCUUCCUCUCCCUUGGCCAUCAUUCCCUCCAUGCAGCCCUCCUCUAGGCGUGCAGGCCCACACCCUAGUCCUCCAGUCACCCCUGACCCAUACACCCUUCUGCCCCUCAAGUACCUCUGCCCCCGAGACUGGCGAGGGGUGCUGGUAGGAAGUCGGCUUGCUCCUAAUGAUGUCCUUUCUGUUGGUGCCUGCUUCCUUGUGCCCUCAUGGAUUUGCGUGUGGCAGUGGGUGGAGUGAUUGCAUGAACUUUGCUGUAAUCCACUAACUACUUAUUAAGGGAGUCUGAGAAAGCUUUGCUCGUAGUGUCAGGCACGGAGGUAAAAACUGGAGCCCAAAGAAAUUCCCGUAGGGCAAGAUUAUGUAACGAUAGAAAAUCGAAUCUGAGGCAGAAGUUGCCAUCUCUUUUCCAAAUGUUCCGUCCUCCAGCGAAUAGCAUCUCUCUAUAGUCUCUGACGCGGUUUGUGGAUGCUGGGCCCUCGGGGCAGGGGGCCAAAACUCAAGCCGUCUGGAGGUCGUCGGGGGUGGGGGAGGGCUAGGGGAGGGACUUGCUGUUAAUUUCUGACACCAGAAAGUCAUCUUAAAAAAAAAAAAAAGCUGUUUUUCUGAUGGAUGGAGUGUGAAACUGCCACAUCCUCGUUGGUUUAACCCAAGAGAUCACUUACAACAACAGUAGAUGUCUGGGUUUUGUUUAUGUCUUUUUAUUGUGAAAAAACGAUGUUAAGGGGGGGAGAUGUGGGUUACCAGGAGGGAUCCCUAGCGUUGUUUUCCUUAGAGGAUUUGUUUAGUGUUUUAUCAGACGUCUGUUGUAGUUGUUGUAGAUGGAAACGCACACCACAUGGAGCCUGUAAAUGUUUUUGCACAACCUGUAAAGCAUUCUUGGAAGUGGCCAGUAAAAAAGGGUUUUACCGUUUAAAAAAAAAAAAAUGUAACUGUGUCAUUGUUUACAUCUGUAACGUUUUCCUCCCCUGUUCUCAUUACACCCUGGCGAAAAUGUAGGCACAGUAGCUUCCAGUUUUAGAAUAAAUAACCAUUUGGAUUGAAUUCACCCUA